CAUCAUUGGACACGCUGAGUCUCUAGCAUGCGCAACCCAAGCGUGGUCCUAGUGCCUAGAUAGCGACAGCCAUGGCUAGAUUUCUGUGAAUCGAUUAAAAUAACGUGGACAGCAAAAUGUUUAAAACUAAACGAAAUAGGAAGUUUUCAACCAUUUUGUAAGCCUACUGCCAUAUUUAACUGUUCAACUGCCUUACCCUCGCGCUCCUCUAGUGAUGAUAAGUGAACGUGGGGAGACCGAGUACACGACUCGCACUAUGACCCAGGCGCGCUCUUCCUUUUUGCAGCCGCAGCAGCAGCAGGCAGCAGCAGGAGCAGCCUGGGCACAGGGACUGGAAAUCUGCAGCCGAAAUGAGGAGAUCUAAAUGAUGUGGCGAAAAGGGAUUAAAUGCGACCAAUCUGUCGUCAGCACGAAAUCCAGGGCGCAUCGCUGCUCUAGAUUUUUUUAAUACUUUUGUGAUCAGUACACUUCCCCCAAUUUGAGCCCCGGCGUUGGGCGGUGGAUGCUAUUGACCUGGAAUAUUGUAAGAUGCACCGUUGUAUUCUAUGCUUCUCAUUUCGAUCAUUUAUCUGUAAUGGUUCGUGUGCGGCACAACGGAAUCCACUGAAUUGACGUUUUUGCUUGGAUUGUACGUUCAUUUCUAUUAUUUGCUGGAUCGCGGCAGUGUAGGCGACAGCAGACAGAAGGAUUGCGGGCUCUGAUUUGCCUGUGAUUGCUGACACCGAAACGAGCUGGGGAGCCAUGCCGUUACGGAGUAACCCUAGAGACGCUUGAUUGAUCAUGAUGAAGACCGAACCCUCGUCCGCAAAGACGGCUAACGCCACCACGCUCCGCAGCCCAUCCCCGCACCGCAACGCGUACGAGGCGAGCAUUGGCGCGCUGAGACCAGCCAACGACAUCCUAAACAGUGCCGCGAACGGCGAUGCCCAGGAUGGGAAGCAGAGGCAGUCGAACCGCGGCCGCACGUAUGGCUCCAACGUGCACCGCAUCAAAAACAUGUUCAUGCAGAUGGGAGCCUCCUCGCCGACGGAGGGGGAGGAUCCGGCUAAAGCGAGCGAGCCCAAGCCCGUGCGUCUCACCCUACCCCGCGCUGGAAGUCUGAACGAAAACGUCGACCACAGCGCUCUUCUGAAACUGGGCGCCACGGUUUCCGAGCGGGUCAGCAAGUUCGACCCGAAGGCAGAAGGCAGCGGGCAACGAGGUGCCUCCUCCCCCUCCUCCUCCGCAUCCUCCAGCUUCUCCAAGCUGCAGGAGACGCGCAAGAUUUUCGAGCAGCAACAGGAGAAGCAGGCGGCCUCGAACCGCGUGCUGCUGAAGAAGGAAAGGGUCGCGGGGAUUCAGGACAGCCGGUUGGACGUGGUGGCCCGGUUCAACGGCAGCACCGAGUCUCUGGACAGCCUCGACGCGGUGAGCGGUGCUACUACCGAGGCCGUGUCGCCCACGGUGAGUCAGCUGAGCCAGGUGUUCGAGCGGGCCGCCGAGUUGCGGAACAACCUGCACCGCCUGUCCAACACGCCGCCGCUACCGUCGCGGGGCGUCACCGCCAAACCGAGCUCCCUCAACUCCAAGAUCAUCUCCAAACGGGUCCGGAGCUUACCGGCGGCGUCCCACCGAGAGGACGGCUCGAAUCAAAAUCAAAACGGGAGGGGGCCCACUCAGAACCAAGGCUCCAUCACCACAGACGGGUCAGUGUCAUCAGGCCACUCAGGCACAGAUGGACCCCAGAGAGGUGACUCGGAGUGGGUUGAGAAUGGCACCGGUGCCGCCCCUAAUGCCCAGGACGCCAGGGGCCAGCAGCAGCAGGCGUCCAGUGAGCUCUCCAGAGGUGCCCGAAGCGCCCGCGGCCCCGUGGAAAACGGCAAGGAGGCCCCGGGCGGCCGGGACGAGGACGGGCUCUCCGGACCGGGGGAGCGGGGGGAGGUGCGGAGGGGGGCGGCGGGGAGCUGGAGGCGCGGAGGAGACGGCGAAGAAGAGUGCGGCGAAGAGGAGGAGGCGCAGAGGGAGGGGUACUCCUCCUCCUCCUCCUCCGCCGCCGCCGCCGCCGCCGACCACCACCUGGACAUCAGUGCCUACAGCGCGGCCGGAGAGGAGUCCGCGGGCAGCCAGGACGAGGAGGAGGAGGAGGAGGAGGAGGAGGACGAGGCCUACGAGCCAGAGUCCAGCUGCACGGAGAUCACCGGCCUGCCCCCCGAGGACGAGACGCCGCCCAGCCGCAAGAUCCGCUUCAGCACCGGCCCCAUCAAGGUGUUCACUACGUACUCUAAUGAGGACUAUGACCGGCGGAACGAGGAUGUGGACCCCAUGGCAGCGUCUGCAGAGUACGAGCUGGAGAAACGAGUGGAGAGGCUCGACCUGUUCCCCGUGGAGCUGGAGAAAGACAGUGACGGUCUGGGCAUCAGCAUCAUUGGGAUGGGUGCAGGAGCCGACAUGGGACUGGAGAAACUGGGCAUCUUCGUCAAGACCGUCACUGAUGCGGGCGCUGCUCAUCGGGAUGGACGUAUCCAAGUGAAUGACCUGAUCGUGGAAGUUGAUGGGACCAGUUUGGUGGGGGUCACCCAGAGUUUUGCGGCGUCAGUCCUGAGGAACACCACUGGAACCGUCCGGUUUCUGAUUGGGCGUGAGAAGCCAGGCGAGCAGAGUGAGGUGGCCCAGCUGAUCCAGCAGACUCUGGAGCAGGAACGCUGGCAGAGAGAGAUGAUGGAGCAUGGAGCUCGCUACGGAAACUACAUGGGAGACGAGGACGAGGCUGGUGAUUAUGGCACUGAUGAAGAGGAGGAGGACGAAGAGGAGGAGGUGAGCCCCAUGUAUCCAGCCGCCAUCGAGGUGUUUGACCUGGCCGAGAAUGAGGACAUGCUCUCGCCCAUGGAGAUGGACCCAGAGAAGCUCGCUCACAAGUACAAAGAGCUUCAGAUCAAGCAUGCUGUGACACAAGCUGAGAUCCAACAACUCAAGAGAAAGCUGGCUCACGCGGACCAGGAGAAGCAGCGAUGGCGCGGGGAGAAGGCCCAGCUGGAGCGGCGUCUGUCGGAGAACGGUGAGCGCAUGGAGAAGCUGGAGGGCUACUGGCUGGAGGCCCAGUCUCUGUGCCAGGCCGUGGACGAGCACCUGAAGGAGACGCAGGCCCAGUACCAGGCCCUGGAGCGCAAGUACAGCAAGGCCAAGAGGCUCAUCAAGGAGUACCAGCAGAAGGAGAUUGAGUUUUUGAAGAAGGAGACGGCCCAGCAGAGCACAGAGGAGGAGGUGGAGGCUUCACACCAGGAAGAGGCGGAGCAGCUUCAAGACAAGGUAUCUGAGGAACCUCAGGUGGAGGAGCCUAAGGCUAGUGCCUCCUAAGGUCAGACUGCUGCAGGGAGGAGCCCACUUCUCCUUCCCACCACACUAACCCUUCUUUCUCUCUGUGGAACUGGACACGGCUGGAUGGACAGAGGUCUCCAUUCCCUCUUCACCCCCCCAUCCCCUCUCUGUUCACCCCCCUGCCUUCAGUCUGUCAACCAGCAACAUGGACGUUUGGAGUUCUGUCUUUCACUCUUCUGCUUUCUCUCUCUCUCUGUUCUGUCCGUAAACAGAAAACAGAAGAAGGGUUCUGUUCCACUUAUUCUGAUCUCUCUCUCUCUUCUUCUUCUGUGGCAUUGGCCGGGAACAGAGAGCACAGAGCAGAAGCCCUUUCACUUCCCUCUCUACUUCUCUCUGGAACCCCUGUCAAAUCUCUCAACACACACACACACACACACACACCAGGCGUUCCUCUCCUCCGAUGAAAAGUAUUUUGUGAGAGAAUCCGCUCCCUUUCUUUGGAUAUUGAUUUUAAGACUACUGUAUUACUUCCCCCCUGGCCUGUGAUAUGGGGGCCUUGGUGAAGGUUUUUAAUCUCAUUUCUGCGUGUUGUGAUGUGUGUUCAGAGUAUGAUGAGAAGGUCAGAGGGGUCAUCUCUGAAAGAAUCCUCUUCAAAUGGACAUCAAAGAGAUCUGUUUUUUUUUUCCUUUUGUUGCUACGAUACUACACUUCCUUUGUAUUUUUUUUUUAGUUGUUCCUUCUUCGCAGUCUGUAAAGACGUGACUAUGUUCGUACAUGUUUAAUCAAAUAAGUGUUGUUUGUACAGUCUUUAUAAGUGUAUAAUAUUAAUAUACUGUAAGUAGAAAUAAUGGAAAUCAAGGCAACUGAGGAGCUGUGGAAGUCCUCUCUGGAGGACGCAGAGGAGCUGUGGAAGUCCUCUCUGGAGGACGCAGAGGGUGUUUUUAGAUGUAAAAAGUAUUAAAAGAGAGAAACAGAGAGAGAGAAAGAGAGAGAGAGAGAGAGUUUGUGAGCUGAGGUUUGUGUGGAUGCCAUCUGGAGAAGAGUUGAUGCUUGGCUCAUGGACGCCACACACAGAGGCUGCUAUGCUGAGGUGACACACCACCUGUGCAGCACACCUGGUGUGGAUGUGAACAGGAAACAGUUUCCAGGAGAAGCUUCUCAUCAUAACCAUCCACAUCUCAACAUGUACGCAUCCUGCACAAGCGUUCUCACUCUCUCCCAACUGGACCCAGCCACUUAAUUCCUAUUGGCCGACAGACUGAUGAGGUCACAGGCCCGGUGUGAGAUCAUUGGCUGGCCAUAAGGAAGUGGCAUCUCUUUAAAGUUUCGGCUGGUGUUUCUGCUCUUCACCAACAGUGUUUCUCUUCUCUCAGUGAAAAGACACAUUCUGUAAGUGUGUGUAUACACACAUAUCAGUACCAGUCUCUCUCGCUGUCUCUCUCUCUCUCUCCAUGCUUUCAACAUGAAUGUCAAUUUGAUUGAAGCAACAUCUCCUCCUCCUUUUGUCCCAAGCUGAGUUUGUGACACAUUACCAGCAGAUCACCUGAGGUAUGCUGUUAGGUCAGUCUGCAUGUGUGGGUUUGGGUUUGGACCCAGCGGCUCUGGCUCCCCUACUGUGCUGGGGCUCAGGCUGACAGACAGCUGCAGGACUUGCCAUCUACAUCUCAGAUUUGGGCCGAGUUUGGGACCAAUCUUCUGGAGACCUGGAUUAGGAUUAGGAUUUGGAGUUCUGGUGACUCUAUGUCGGGUUGUCCAGCUGCAGCCAUGGUGUUUCUGCGUGUAACUCUACGGACCACACUGAGCUCGUCCACCACUGGGCCUCACAUGAAUAGGACGCACGCCAACAGUCCAGGAGAUGUGUUUCUCUUUGAACACACACACACACACACACACACACUCACACCUGGGACCACCUGAGCUAGCACACAAGUGUUCCUGGAGCUGUUUUUGGUGUAGAACUUUGGGACUGACCGACUCACACACUUUUCUUUAUUCCAAGAGAAGUAUAACUACUGAAGGGACCAGGCAUUUGAGCACCUGGGGUUUUCAAAGCACACAAAGCACACACACACACACACACUCAGACAGACACAUAUACACACAAACACACGCACACAAACACAUAAACACAAACACAAACACAUACAUACAUACACACACACACACACACACACACACAUAUAUACAUACAAACACAUACACACACUCACAAACCAGCGUCAGUAUUUCUCCCCCACUGAGACCCCCACUGCCUGUUCCCAAGUUCCGUUCCCCUCCAGUCCACCUGCGUCGCCAUAGGAACAAUCUAGAAAGUUCUGAUAAAGCAGAAUAGACUUUGUUUGCUCUGGUGUGAAUGUUCUUGGGAAAUGUGGAUCUGCUUUAAGAAGAUUCUGUGAGUCACAAAGCAUUGGACAAUUAAAUAACAAAGAAGUGGAUCUACUUUGAUAGAAAACUAUAUGUGUCACAAACGGUUGGACAGAAAAACGAGGGAGGAGUGGAAUUAGCUGUGGAGAUUUGUGAGAGGCGAACAUUAAAUUGCUUGUGAAUUUAGUCAUGUUUAGGGAAUCACUAUUAGUUGGAACCCAAGUGGGAAUCCAUGGCAACUGAGUAUGUACUAGCAGGAUUGUCCAGCACAGUUUUGUUUAAUGUGAUUUUAUGGAAUAAACAGUAAA